GUAGGUAAGAUGGCGACCUCCCAGAAGUUAGGAGAACACUUCCUGACAUGCACGAUAUGUACAGAGGUGUUUGACAAGGCCUGUACACUUGUAUGUAAUCACACCUUCUGUCGGAAAUGUGUGGUAAGCUACACCAAAACCAGACCAGAAGCCAUCAGUGCCAAGUCUCUCCUGUGUCCAUUCUGCAGCAAGAUGACGAAAGUGUCUGCCCCUGAGAGACCAGUGGAGGAGUGGGCGGAUGACGUCAAGCCUAGCUUUGUCAUCCAGGGACUCUUGGACUCAUUUGGCCCCGGAUCUAAAGAUACGACCUACUGCAGCUACAUCUUGGUGUUCUGUCUGUGACGACACACUCUGUGAACGAUGCAUACGGGUACACAAACGAAUCCCAUCUUCCCGUCACCAUGAUGUAGUUCACGUAUCUGGAGAGGCAAAGGUCAAGGUAAAGACAAAGGUCAUGUGUAAAGUUCACAAAGAUGAAAAUAUCAAAUAUAUUUGUAAAGACUGUAAAACAGCUGUUUGUCAAACAUGCUGCAAAAUCCAUCACAGGAAUUGUGACUUGGUUGUUGAAAUUGGGUCUGAGAUUCCUGCAAUGAAAACCGAGUUAAGAAGGAAUAAAGAGGAUUUGUUGAAGAAACACGAUGAGAUGAAAACACAUAUUGAUAAACAAAACGUCAAAGUCAAUGAAGCAUUAACACUUUACGUACAAAUAGAAUCGAAUAUCAAGUCUGCAAGUCUCAAAGCAAUAGAGGUGAUCAAAGUCAAGGAAAGGAAACUUUUGGCUGAACUGAAGGAAAUAUCUGACAAACACAUUGGAGAACUGAAGGCAGACAUAAAGUCAGGUGAGAUGUCAGUACAGAUGUACCAACAACAAGCUGAGCUGUUAGACCAGACUCUACAAUCUGAGUGUGGAAUGGGUGUGUAUAAGAUGUACCAGGGAUAUGUGGCUGGUGAUGUGGAGGCUGUCGGAGUCACAGACGUGAAGGAGAAGAGAAGAAUAGCCAGGAUCAUGUUCAGUCAGGACACGGACAAGCUGAGUAGAGCACUGGACGAUCUACAGCUGGGUGAGAUAGACGUCCUGUAUGAGGGUGUGCUGGACCUGAAGGCUGCUCCUGUGUUACAGGACACCAUUAACGUCAGAGUAGCAGGAGAUGUACGCCGAGCACACUCCAUUGACGUGACGGUGUUAGUGGUGAAUGGUACAGACACAGUGGUAGUCACAGACAAGAACAACAACAGUGUGAAGUCUUUCUACACCAGGAACAGUCAACUGGACCACAGCAGUCUCAGUCUUAUCACUAAUCCGUAUGGUAUAACAAAGUUGAAGGACAACCAGGUGGCUGUCACUGUGCCGGGUUCCAGUCAGAUUGUAACAGUACAAGUCAACCCUGACCUGGUGCUGCUGUCAACCAUCACAGGCAGCAAAGAGUACCGGGGUAUAACGUCUCUGACACCCUCAACACUAGCAGCAGGUUCUGACUCCCCUCCCUGUGUUGAUAUCCUGGAUGUGGCGGGACACGUGCUGAGGUCAAUUUUUCCUGACCACCCUAGUAGAUACAUCUUGAAGUAUCCCUACUUCCUCUGUACCACGAGGACAGGAAACAUCCUAGUGUCUGACGUGGGAUCCAAGUGUGUUGUGUGUCUGACUCCCGAGGGAGAUGUGGUGUUCACCUACAGCCCUAAAGGAGACACAGCCCUGAAGUAUCCACUUGGUAUCACAAGUACCAGCACAGGCGACAUCCUGGUGACAGACUACCAUCUACACAGAGUCAUCCAUCUGACUGAGUCAGGACAGUUUGUUAGAAACAUACUGACAUCACAGGAUGGUGUCAAGAGUCCAUGGGGAGCGUGUGUUGGUGGGCAUGGCCGUAUGUACUUGUGUACGCCAGAUGAAGUGAGGGUAUAUACAUGUAAGUGACUGAACAUGUCUUAA